UCUCUCUUACGUGUCAAGUUUCUAUGAAAGUGAAAGUAGAAUAAUGUGGCUGGUCUUGCUUGGGAUAGUAACGCCUCUCAGUUUAAUUUGCUGGCUUAUAACAAUAGGAUACAGCUAUGUUUACAAUGACACUGUCCCUGUCUCCCCAUGGAGAUGGAUGAUGGCCAUAUUGGCGCCUGUUGUCAUAGCAACAUGGGGUCUGAAGAAGAAAAGUUUGGACAGAACAGGUGUUAUUGCAGGUCUUGUUGUUGGUUUCAUUCUAACGAUCAGCAAUCUCUGCUUUUUUACCUCUCUUCUAACAUUUUUUGUGAUGGGGUCAAAGGUCACUAAAUACAAGGCUGAAAAGAAGAGGAAAAUGGAGCACAACUAUAAAGAGGGUGGUCAGAGGAAUUGGGUUCAGGUUCUCUGUAAUGGUGGGAUGGCGGCCGUGUUCGCGCUGCAGUACAUGUUCCAAGUGGGAUGUAGGGAGGUGGUCAUUGACUUCUCCCACCACUACUCCCCCUCCUGGCUCGCCAUGGCUGUCCUGGGGUCCCUUGCCUGCUGCUGUGGGGACACAUUCUCAUCAGAACUCGGUGCCGUGUUUUCCAGGAACACGGAACCAAGGCUCAUAACAACUUUAACAAAGGUUCCCCAUGGUACCAAUGGAGGAGUGACUGUCCUUGGAAUGAUUUUCAGUUUGGUGGGAGGGGGGCUUGUAGGUCUGGGGUUCUAUCUCACCCAGAUUUUCCUGCUUAGAGAGUCCUUUAUCAAUCAAGGCCCCCCACAGUGGCCCAUUGUGUUGGUGGGGGUGCUUAUGGGGUUCAUCGGUUCUUCUAUAGAUUCAUUCCUAGGAGCAACAUUUCAAUACUCAGGAUUUGAUCAGAAGAGGAAGUGUGUCGUUGAACGUUCAGGACAGAACGUAGAGUACAUCUCCGGCAUGGAACUACUGGAUAAUCACAGCGUUAACCUACUGACCUCUCUAAUAUCUGCCCUAGUCACGCCAAAAAUAGCAUUUGAAAUAUGGCGAUUAUGUAGCUGAGGGAAGUUAAUUAAUUGUUUUAGCAUUUCUUAUGAAUAUUCCAAAGACGAGUGGCAUAUGGGAAAGGUUCUUGCUCAUGUACAAAUGUGUUCAGCAUCAGGCCAUGUUCACGAAAUCCGACCAGACAUUAUUCACAUAUUUUUUAUGAUUACUCUUUGUAGGUAUUUGAUACAUAAGACAUUUAGAUAAUAUUGUAUUUUU